AUGCCUUCUGUCGAAGACAAAGCCCUCGUUGGAGGCACCAAAUCCCAAUUGAAAGAACUGCUGGUUUCCUCACGCAACCUGCCGAAAACUCUCACCGAUAUCAGUCCCAUCCAUUUAGGACUAAGUGCCAUCCAAAGAAAAGCUCAUACUUUGAGGAAGUACAAGGAUGAUAAUCAGCGCUACACCAGGGCACAUUAUCUACUUGCAGGAAGUGGUAUUUCUGCGGAAGAAAUAGAGACGGACUUACUUGAAAUUUCAGUUCCUCAAACUUUGGAUGUUGCUAUGGGGCAGAAAAAUUAUGCUGACUUGAGCAACGGAAUUGACACUUAUAUCGAAUCUAAGAAGGAGGAGAAUAUUUUGGCUGCUAUUGAGCAAUCUUUGACUAUGGCUGCCAAGGAUUUUGAUGCUUAUGUGGCUCAAAAUAUAUCUAUGGAUUGGAAUCAAAGAAAAAAGGAGUUAAGAGAAAGUUUUGACAUAAUAUUGAAUGGCACUUCCAAAGAGCCCAGCAACGAAUUAGUUGAAUAUACACAGUUUGGCAAUGCUUCUAAGAAAUUCAAGUCGGAUCCCAACUUGACCUGGUCUGCCAAUAAACCAAUUUUAGCCAACCGAGUUGAAUUUACUGAUGUCGAAGUUUCUUCUACCCUCCCAACUAACGUUUUAAAUCCAAGCGUGUCUUAUGCUUUGAGACAAAAGUUUGAAGAGUAUGCUCAAGCAAUUUACGAAUUGAAUGCCGCAAGACAAAAUAAUAAACCCUAUGAACUAACCAAUGUCUUCGCUCAGAUUACCAAACAAGCUAACGAUAUCAAAUCCAGACAAUUGUACGAGACAUGGAAGAUACUCUAUCAUUUGGUCGAUUUUAACGAACCAGCAGCUUUUCAAGAGAGAAAGUUUGUGAAGGGCCAUGACAGUGAGGUCUUAGACUCUUUUGAGGCCAUUGCUUUGAGAAAGAGAAUCAUAGAAAGAAGCAGGUCAUACUUGGAGCAACAAUUUAUGGAUUAUAUUGAUUCCAUAUACAUUCGACUCAGCAACAAAGAAGAAUCGAAAUUGAACACACCAGAGACACCAAUAGUGGAUAAUGUUACGAAAGUAAAGCUUUUUGUCGAACACAGAUACAAGAAGGAAGAUACAUGGAAGAUUCAAAACCUCCUAUUCAUAAACGGUUUACCUAUUUGGGCUAUCAUUUUUUAUUUACUGAGAGCUGGUUGUUUAGAUGAUGCUUUGAACUUAACUUUGAAGAACAGCGAUUCCUUUACUAAAGUUGAGCGGUCUUUUCCGACAUAUUUAAAGGCCUAUGUGAAUUCAUCUGACAGAGGUUUCAACCAAGAGCUUCAUGGUCGGCUCAUUAACGAAUUUAACCAGUUUUUCAAGCACAUGAACAAAGAAGCAGAUCCCUUUAGAUAUGCUGUAUACAAGUUGAUCAGUAGAUGCGAGCUUUCAAGAAAGAAUCUUCCCUAUAUCACUCUAAGUGUGGAAGAUUGGUUAUGGGUCCAUUUUACGUUAUGCAGAGAGGGUACUAACGAUGAUGAUCCUAUUUAUGAAAGGUACAGUUUACUGGACUUGCAAAAGACUGUCCUCAAGCUAGGCCCUGACAAUUUUAAUGGCUCAUUCAAUAACCCACUAUAUCUUCAAACUUUGAUCUUCACAGGAUUAUAUGAACAUGCGGUACAGUAUUUCUACUCUAUUAGUGAGAUUGAUUCUGUUCAUUUAGCCAUUGCCCUUUACUAUUGUGGACUCUUGCGCUCCACCACAGACAAGAGUAAUACCACUCAGUUACUCACGUACAGAGGGGAAAGAAAUAUUCCAGAAAUAAACUUUGCUCGACUGAUUGGAACCUAUACUAGAACUUUCAAGAUUUCUGACCCCAGAGUUGCUGUGGAAUAUCUGAUACUGAUUUGUUUAGGUGGAGAUCUUCCAGAUGGUCGUGGAAAAGAGCAGAUUGAAUUGGGACUUUCCAGUAUUAGAGAGCUAGUGCUUGAGACCAGAGAGUUUUCGUUAUUGCUUGGAAAGAUCGACAGAGAGGGAUUCAGGGUUCCAGGAAUAAUAGAAGAGAGAAAAAACUUAUUGCAUCUUCCUGACAAAGAAUCGUUCUUGCGCAAGAUCACAGAACAGGCUGCCAUCAAAGCUGAUGAUGAGGGUCGUGUAUUCGAUUCCUUGUUACUAUACCAAUUAAGUGAAAACUACGAUACUGUGAUAUCUUUAAUCAACAAACUAUUGGGUGAUUUACUGGCAUCUACUGACCUUGAAACAGCGAUCGAUACGCCCGCAGAACGAGCAGCUGAAGGAAGCAUCAUAGCAUUAGCUGAAAGGUUGAUGAAACAAUAUAGUAGUUCAACAGAGAUUAGCGGAAAAGUUCUACUAAAGCACAGAGAAACUUGCUCGCUGCUCCUCAAAAUGGUUGAGUGCCGUGACCUUUUUGUGAAACAGGAAUGGGAGAAGGCGCUGAAACAAAUCGGACAGCUAGAUAUGCUUCCAAUUGUGGCAGGAGUUAAUGUUGCCGUCGCCCGAAGUAAAGUUGAAGUUUUUAACAGUUAUGAUGAAAGUGUGGCCAAAAACGUUCCUGAUCUAUUGGUUAUGACUUUAACAUGUAUUGCACAAUUAACGUAUCAACUUACAUCGAGCGAGUUCAAUGGAUUGGUCAAGAGUGACAAGAUCAAAUACCUCAAAGAAGUUGCACGAAAUUGUAUGUUGUAUGCUGGAAUCUUACAAUAUAAAAUGCCCAGAGAAACCUAUAGUAUGCUGGUCAGUUUAGAAAGUAUGCUAUGA